AUGACAUGCAAUCCAUCUUGGACUGAAAUAACUUCAGAACUCAACCCAGUUCAAACUCCACAAUAUCGUCCAGAUCUAACAACAAGAAUUUUUCGAGCCAAAUUUGAACAGCUAAAAGAGGAUGUAAUUACUAAGGGUGUCUUGAAAAAGGUGAAGAGCUAUAUUUAUGUCACUGAGUUUCAAAAAAGAGGGUUGCCACAUGUACAUAUGUUGUUAAUCUUAGAGAACAAUGACAAGUUAAUUGAUCCGGAGCAUUAUGAUAGUUUGGUACGUGCAGAGAUACCAUCUAAAGAAGUAGAACCACACCUACAUGAUGCAGUGUUAAAACAUAUGAUUCAUGGUCCUUGCGGAAUACUUGAUCAAUCUUCGCCCUGUAUGAAAAAUGGCCAAUAUAAACGAAACUACCCAAAAGAGUUCGCAGCAGAAACACGAAGAGGUGACGACUCAUAUCCGCAAUAUAGGCGACGAUUCGACACUUCAGUACCGAUUAACCAAAAUGUCACAGUUGACAAUAGAUGGGUAGUUCCGUACAACCCUUGGCUACUACUAAAGUAUGAUUGUCAUAUUAAUGUUGAGAUAUGUAGUAGCAUAAAGAGUAUAAAGUAUCUCUGCAAAUAUUGCUACAAGGGUCCAGACCGAGUUGCAAUGGAAGUUCACAACGGUUCUAAUGUUGACGAGGUCCAACAGUUUGUUGAUGCAAGAUGGAUCGCUGCUCCAGAGGCAUGUUGGAGAAUAUUUAAAUUUAACCUUUACCGAAUGUAUCCAUCAGUGGAAAGGUUACAAAUUCAUUUGCCAAAUCAACAUCAAGUGAGCUUCUAUGAUCACCAAACCAUUCCUGAAAUACUUAAUGAUGAUUAUUUCUCUAGAACAAUGCUCACUGAGUUCUUUGCCCUAAAUCGUGAGGAGGACCAACAAUCUAGGCAUCUUCUGUACAGGAAAAUUCCAGAGUAUUACACUUGGCACAACAAGGAAAAGGAAUGGCGUCAGCGCAAGACAUAG